UUUAUUUUUAAGAGAAGAAACACUGGACUGAGGGUCAUUUGGGGAGCUUGUGGACUGGCAGCAAUGUAUCCCCUGGCACUGCUCACCUGUGCAGUUGCUCUGAGCCACUGCACUCUGGCAGCGAGAGUCUGCUCCAGGCCCCCAGAAGUGCUAUUUGCCACCAUCAAUGUUGAAAAAAGUGUGUAUGAAGUGGGUGAGGAAGUAGAGUACACCUGUAGGCCUGGCUUUGUCCCCAACAAUGGCCAGAGGAAGUACACCUGCCUCCCGACUGGCAAAUGGCCUCUCAAUACGCUGCUGUGCCUCCCAAAAAGAUGUCCCAGUCUUGGAAACUUGGAGCAUGGGAAAAUGGAUUUUAUAGACUCCCACUAUCAGAGUUCUGUAAGUUUUUCAUGUGAACCAGGGUACAACCUUCUUGGAACAAGAACCAGCCAAUGCAUGGCAGAUGGAAAGUGGAGUGGAACUUUUCCACAGUGUCAACCUGUGACUUGUGCACCUCCCCCAAUUCCUGAGUUUGGAGUCCUUUCUUACCGUGGCUUAAAGCCUGGGAAUGUUUCUAAGUACCUGGACACGAUUACUUUUGAGUGUGUGCCUCCUCUCGCCCUUAUUGGGAAUGAGACAGCUACCUGCAUGGCCAAUGGGAACUGGAGCAGCAUUCCAGAGUGCAAGGUUGUCACAUGCCCCACUCCAACUGGGAUAGAGAAUGGAUUCCUAGAGCUUGUUGCCCGUAGAACGUAUCACUACAACGAGAGUGUCAGCUUUGGCUGCCAGCCCAGAUACGUGAUGGAUGGACCUAAGCAUUCCCGAUGUGAAAAGACUGGAAACUGGUCCACAAAGCCAACCUGUAAAGAACCAUGUAAAAUACCAGUGAAGAAAGCUGUAGUAUUGUACAAUGGUGAGAAGAAAAGAGUUCAGAACGACCUUAAGGAGGGCAUUCUGCAUGGAGAAACUAUAUCCUUCUUCUGCAAGAAUAAAGACAAAUCCUGUGCCUAUACAGUAGCUGUGCCAUGUGUGGAUGGCAACCUGACUCUCCCUGCCUGUUUCAAAGAACGUGGCUUUUUUUCAACUCUUGUAAAGAAGGACCCCUCAGACAUGAAACCAUGUGAAGAUCAAAAAUGAAUCAGAGAAGUAACACAGUGCUGAAUCUCUGCCUUAAUGAGACAAAAUAUUAUGUAAAGAGAGGAAGACCUAGGUCCUGUGAGUGCGUAUUUCCAGGCCAACUCUGGUCUCUCUGUGAAUGCAGCCUCAGCUGUUUUCCCAACGCCCAUCCCUUUCCCUACCAGCCUUUCACAAGCUAUUACACUAUUUCGUCCAUUAACUUUCAUUGCCUUUCCUCUGCCUUCUACAAACUUCCUGCAAUACUACUACUUCUCUUUCCAUAUUCCCAACACUUGUGCAACCGGAAUUGACUUUCUCAAUAGCAAUUCCUUGACAAUAAAGCAAUUUUCAGCCAGUAGUGUGUUCUUAUUUAGCUUUACCUAAUCAUCAGUCAAAUCCUGGUGCUCUUAACUGGUUUAUACAGAAAAGCCUGACUCAUUCCUUAAUUAGCUGGAUUCUGAUUCUGUUACUGCUCCCCUGUGAUAGGGAGUGGACCUUUAAUUACAGAUAGACAGAGGGACACCAGCCAAGGAUUUUCCAGAAUUUACAUAAGUAGAGAGAUGGAGAUUUCCAAAUGAGUUUAGAAAUCAAGUACCCAGCCAUGAUUCAAAUGCCAAUAGCAUCAGAUAAAUGGUUCUUUUGCAUUUCUAAGCAAGGAAGUUAACAAGGCCAUUUAUGUUUCACAGAUUCUAGCUUCACCUGAACCUCUGGUUUUAUAGAAUUGUUAAUUUUUACCACUGUUUCAAUAUUAUGCAAUGAAACAGAUUCCUUCCCCUCCCUCCCCCCCCCAAG